AAAGCUGGUGGUGAGUCAUGGCAGCAGAGCCCCUGACUCAAUGCUACACUGGUUAAUCAGUAACCAAAAUGGGAGAGCUGAGGCAGGCUGGCUGGGUUAAAGCAGGGGAGCAGAGCAGUGGGGCGCUCACUCUCCACCUCACUCAGCAGCAGCAGCAGCAGCACAUGAAGAAUUUACUGUGAGGUGAUUUGACUGUCAAGGAAGCCAAAAUGCAGAGACUCUGGUCCCCUCCUCUCCUCCUCCUACUUUACUGCUGCCUCUCAGGAAGCCAAGCCAAUCGUGUGUACGUUCAUCCCUUCUAUCUCUUUGCCGGUGAAAAUGUCAGCUGUGAGACUCUGCAGACCCAGACUACCAAGCCUCUUCAGACGCUUCCUGUGGCAUCCCUUGAUAUCGAAGUCCUAACGCCGGACAGCAGGGACACGUCAGGCCAGGAUGGGCAGAACAUCACCCAGAGAACGGCCGUUCUGGCAGAACUCUUGAACUCUCUGGGCCUGAGGAUGUACCAGGCACACAGCAGCAAGCAUCAAGGUGCCAACAUCCUCCUCUCUCCUGCCAACACCUACGGCUCUCUCGUCACUUUCUACCUGGGCGCCUCCAAGAAGAUUGCGGGCUCAUACCAGGAAAUCCUGGGCCUGGGCAGAGAAACUGAUCAAGAGGACUGCGUGUCAUUAGUCGACGGGCACAAAGUACUGAAGACCCUGCAAAACAUCAACUCUCUGGUGGAUGAUGGCCCCAAAGACGAGAUAACCACCCAGGUCUGGGCCUUCACUCGCCAGGACGCCCAUUUAUCGGAGGAUUUUAUUCAAGGCACAAAGGAUUUCUCAGACUCGUCGUUCAUCCGCGGUGUGGACUUCUCCAAACCUGAGGAGGCCGGGGAGCUGGUGAACAGCUUUGUGGAGAAGACGUCAGGCGGGAAGGUGAAGAGCGUCUUCAAAGAUCUGAGCUCCGGCAGCAACCUUCUGUUCAUCAGUUCCUUUAAUUUCAAAGGUAACUGGAAGACAGCCUUCCAACCAGAGAGAACGUCCCUGCAGGAGUUUCAUGUGAAUGAAACGACCACAGUGAUGGCUCCGCUGAUGACCCAUACGGGCCAGUACCACUACCUGAACGACAAGAUGCGGCAGUGCACAGUUGUGAAGCUGCCUCUGAGUAAGCGGUCCUACAUGUUGCUGGUCCUGCCUCAUGAAGGAGCCAGCCUCCACAACAUCGAGACCCAUCUUCGUAGCGACAUCAUCUCUGAGUGGCACAAGAACCUCAAGGAAGGUCUGCUGGAGCUGUCUCUGCCCAAGUUCUCCAUGUCAUCUCUGACCGAUCUGCACAGCCUGCUGAGCGACAUGAAUACAGAAUUAGAGAGCAAACUGCUGGGCUCUCAGGCUGAGUUCGCCCGGCUAAGCACCACUGAACCCUUCACUAUAGAUAAGGCCUUCAACAAGGUGUUGUUUGAGAUGUCCGAGGAGGGGGCAGAGCCUCAGGACAAGACCGAGGAAGCAGGCGUGCCUCUGAAGCUGACCAUCAACCGACCUUUCUUCUUCUCUGUCACAGAAGGAAACUCUAAUGCCAUCCUCAUGCUGGGCAAGGUCACCAAUCCCACACUCUGAGGUUACAACCCUAACCUCUGAUGGGUCUGAUGUAGCGAUCUCAUCUCUCUAUGGUGUUCUACCAUAAAACUUUACCCACUGAAGCUCAAGUUUCUGCAGGGCUUGAAAUCAAUCUCUUCGAAUAUCUCAUUUAGAUCACACCCACGCUUUCCACCUGAAUUAAUGUCCGCAGAUACGAGGAAAUGAAGCACGCACUCACUCAAGAAGGAUCCAUCAAUUUUCUGCAGUAUUAUGGCAAUUUGUCACCGCUGCCAAGCUGACAAACUGGUGGUGAUUAGAGUGACAGGCACUGAGGAUCCAUUCAUCAGUAUUUAUCAAAAACCUGUUGCUGUGAACUGAGCUGAAUCGCAUUAAAGCAGCAGGUUGAAAACAUACAUUUGUUUCCUCUGUAAAGUUUAUUAUAGCAGUGUUCUGUACAGUAUUUUUCCAUAGAGUAGGAACAGUAGGCACAAUUCUCUAUGAUGAAUGACUAAUACUUUGAAUAUUGUGUUCAUUAAGAAUUUAUUUUUGUUUUGUUAUGGUUUGUAA